AUGGUGGAUGAGGAGGCUGAUGUGGCUGAGGAGGCUGUGUUCCUGGCACUUGCCCAGGGUCCCUGUCCUCCGAGGAGUCCCCUGCGCUGGGCGUUAGACAAGGCCUUCAUUAUCUUCCUGGCCCUCACCCUCACACUCCUGACACUGGAGGCUGUUCGUCCGCUGCUGUGACUGCUGCCAUGAACAGAGUUUGGGGACCGGCCCCUGAGAACACCUUAGAAGGAGGAGCUGGAAUUGCAACCACCUUUCCCAUAAACAUUCUCUUCCCCUGCUACAGAGCUCUCCCAGAGGAAGAGGAGACUAGUCGACACCCAAGGUAUUUUACAAGUGUCAUUUCAUCUGACAGCCCUCACAGCGGCAAUUUGCACAGAUUCUCCUCAAAGCUCCCGCCCCAUAUCGCCGUCCUAAGUCUCUGGAGCUCCUGGACAAAGCACGGCCUCCAGGUCAUCACUGCCCGCACGUCGGGGACCCCCUCCAGAAAAGAACGGACAGCCACCGAGGUCCCACCUGCUUGGUUGGUCAUUAGUUCCGUGGAGGCGCUUAAAGAGAAAUCAAUAAGAAUAGCAACAAUAAUAACACAUUUGUAUAGCGCA